UUUACCGUGACGGUGACAGAGUGGGGGGUACGUGCCUUAGCAGCGGCCUUACCUUACUGGAGCAUGUAGAGGACCUGCCCCACUAUACCUCAAGCUUGAGCAUCGACCUCUAUCUGAAGUCCUGCCACGUUCGGCCAGCUUGAGGACACCUCAGCCUCAAGGACCAUCGACUCUCAUACAGUUGUGCGCACGAUAGCUCCCACCAGCGCCAACGGAAACCACACCCCCGCGACUUGUUGGAUCUCCAACGGCAAUCAUGGAUUACGAAGCUCUCAAAGAACAAUGGAGCGAGAUGGAGGAUCGAGAUGGCGCUCGUCUGAGCUGGAACGUCUUCCCAAGCUCUCGUAUGGAAGCAUCUCGACUUGUCGCGCCCAUAGGCGUCUUGUACACGCCUCUGAAAGAGAAGCUCGACACCCCUCUGCUUCAAUUUGAGCCGGUUACCUGCAAGCAGCCUUGCCGAGCUGUCUUGAACCCCUUCUGUCAAGUUGACACCCGGGCGCGUGUUUGGAUAUGUCCUUUCUGUCUCUCGCGUAAUCAGCUACCGCCCCAUUACAAAGACAUAACGAACAAUGCGAUCCCCCCAGAACUCCACCCAGCUAAUUCUACGAUCGAAUAUCGUCUCUCAAGACCGGCGCCUGCCCCGCCCAUUUUCCUCUAUGUGGUCGAUAUGUGUCAAGAGGAGGAUAGCCUGGCGUCUCUCAAAGAAUCGCUGGUAAUGAGCUUGAGCCUCCUCCCGGAGAACGCACUCGUGGGACUGAUUACUUAUGGGACAAUGGCACAUGUUCACGAGAUCGGAUACGACGAAUGCGCUAAAUCGUACGUUUUCCGGGGUAGCAAAGACUAUUCCGCCAAACAGGUUCAGGAUAUGCUGGGAUUAACCUCAGCUGCCAUGCGUCCAGGCCUGCAGGCUCAGCCGGGUAGGCCCAUGCCCAUGGGCCCUGCUUCAAGAUUCUUAAUGCCGGUGCAACAGGCCGAAUUUCAGUUGACAAAGGCCCUCGAGGCCCUUCAAAAGGAUCCAUGGCCCGUUGCCAAUGAUCGACGAAAUCUUCGAUGCACUGGUGUGGCUCUGAGUGUGGCUGUUGGUCUCCUGGAAUCAUCCUUUCAGAAUGCCGGAGCCCGCAUAAUGCUUUUCGCUGGUGGGCCUGCCACUGAGGGCCCCGGUAUGGUUGUAGGACCUGAGCUGCGUGAGCCGAUCAGAUCGCACCAUGACAUCGAUCGUGACAACAUCAAGUAUUUCAAGAAGGCUCUGAAGUUCUAUGACAACUUGGCCAAGAGGACUGCCCAUAAUGGUCAUGUAAUUGAUAUUUUCGCUGGCUGCCUUGAUCAAGUCGGUCUUCUGGAGAUGAAAGGCCUCUGCAACUCGACGGGCGGACACAUGAUCUUGACCGACAGCUUCACCUCGUCCAUGUUCAAGCAGUCUUUCGUCCGCGUAUUCGAGAAGGAUGGCGACGAGAACCUCCUCAUGGGAUUCAAUGCGGUGCUCGAAGUCCUCACCACGAAGGAGCUCAAGGUAACUGGGCUGAUUGGGCACGCUGUUUCGCUCAACAAGAAAUCAGUGUCCGUCGGCGAAACGGAAUGUGGCAUCGGAAACACUUGUUCGUGGAAGAUGUGCGGCAUCGAUCCCCAGGCGAGCUACGGCAUCUACUUCGAGAUUGCGAGUCAAGGGGUCCCCGCUCACCAACAAGCACCACAGCAAGGCAUUAUGCAGUUCUUGACGUACUACCAACACUCGUCUGGCCAAUUCCAUCUACGGGUCACUACGAUUGCUCGCAAUCUCAGCGGGCCGGCUGGCGAUCCGACCGUUGCACAAUCAUUCGACCAGGAAGCUGCUGCAGUCCUUAUGUCCAGAAUUGCCGUUUUCAAGGCAGAAGUCGACGACGGCCCAGACGUCCUACGUUGGGUUGAUCGUAUGCUCAUAAGGUUGUGUUCGAGGUUCGCAGACUACAGAAAAGAUGACCCCUCGUCUUUCCGUCUGGAGAAAAACUUCACGCUUUAUCCUCAGUUUAUGUUUCACUUGAGACGGAGUCAGUUUCUUCAAGUGUUCAACAAUUCCCCGGAUGAGACAGCAUUCUACCGUCAUGUACUCAACCAUGAAGACGUGGCGAAUUCUCUCGUUAUGAUCCAGCCCACCCUCGACUCCUAUACUUUUGACCAGGACGGGGGCCAGCCCGUUCUGCUGGAUUCGGCGUCUAUUCAGCCGACGCACAUUUUGCUGCUCGAUACGUUUUUCCAUAUCCUGAUAUUUCACGGUGAGACUGUUGCAGAGUGGCGCAAAGCUGGCUAUCAGGAACAGGAGGGUUACGAGAAUUUCGCCGCUUUGUUGGAACAGCCAAAGGAAGAUGCUCGAGACUUGAUCACCGACCGUUUCCCGCUUCCCCGCUUCAUUGUUUGCGAUGCAGGCGGAUCACAGGCCCGUUUCUUGUUGUCGAAGCUGAACCCAUCGACUACUCACACUACGGGAGCGUACGGGGGAGUUGGCGCCACAACCGCGCAGACGAUUUUCACAGAUGAUGUGUCAUUGCAGACAUUCAUGGAACACUUGAUGAAACUUGCUGUUAGUGGCACUACUUAGUGCUCGUAUUCAACUUGCACCUGUGAUUCAGUAUGGAAUCGCCGCUACAAUGCUCACCAUGUUACGCAUGUUGUGAAUACACACACUGGAUCUCAGUGUUGAUCGAGGGAGAGGAGAGAAGCCUUUUGAUGCAGUCAAAUGAUAGAGUUGUACAACGUGAGCCAAAGAAUUCAGCUAAAGAAUUCAAAGGCUAGUGAUGGACAAAGAUCCUAGGCAAACCAUGGACCAAGCGACGGCAUUUUCAUGAUUAUUCUGAUGGUAUGUGUAUCAUCGAUGACUAACUGCUUCGUCAAAACACUCGCCAUUGAGGGAUACAUAUGUACAGGAGUGAAUUCUUUCGCGGAUGUAUUUCCUGAGAAGCUUCCGUAAGAAUGAAUAUGGUAGUAAUUACAGUGCAGGCUCAGUAAUGUGUUUCGCGGCGCGGUAUCAUGUCUGGUUUAGUUCUACUUAACGAGGUACAGAUAUCUACAGUAGAAGUGUUCAUCGCGAUUCGCCGG